UCGUUCUCCCAAGUCGAAAUCUUGAAAAAAUGUCUAUAUAAUAGCUGAUCAUGUCUUCUCUGCAUCUGCAUAACGCAGGAAAGCGUAGUAUAUCAAAACGUUCAAUACUUUCUACUUGAUCAACUUUACCCGUCAGAGGGUUGAGGUAGGGUUGAGAAGAAUACUCGGAUCUUCAUUUGGACAAACUCUUACCUCAAGCUCGUCAUUUCGUCAUAGUUCAAUGUCAUCACUUUAUUCCACGCCUCUUGGCGUUGCUUCGAAUAUCGAGAACGACCCUGGGUUAUCGGGUCAAGUGAAAGGUAUGAUUGAGAAUGAUAAAGAUGAACGGACGAGAACUGUAGUGGUCCUAGGUGCUAGUUAUGGUGGUGGAUGGGCAGCUUCGUUAUUAUCGGAAAAAUUACCUAUCGGUUGGAAAGUCGUGGUUAUCGAUAGGAAUUCACAUAUGAAUCAUAUAUACACAUUCCCAAGAUUCUCCAUAAUACCCAAACAUGCACCAAAAGGUUUCAUACCAUAUACCAACCUUCUUCGUCCCGGAUUAGCUCCUCAACCUCUCUCCGAACCAUCAUCAAAAACCCCACCGGAAGAUGUUCAAGAUUAUACGAACGAUAUUCGCUUAGAAGAAGUUGAUCAAAAGGAGGGAAAAGAUGGACACCAAGAUGAACGUAUACAAGGUCUUAUAACUUCUCUUCGACCUCAUGAAGUCACUUUCAUUCGACGUCAACCCACUUUGUCCACCCAGGAUAGAGAAGGGAUGGGUGAUUGGGAUGGACCGGAAGAAACGAUAAGUUUCAAUUAUUGUAUUUACGCUUUGGGUAGUGGAAUGCCUGAUCCUGUGAAUGUAUGGAGUGAACAUGAGGGGAGUGUCAAAGAGGCUGGAAAGAAAGAUUUGGGGAUUGGAAGUAAAUGGGGUGGAGUUAAAUGGUUGGAAGAGAAAUCGAAAAUGUUCGAGGAAGCUGAUACAAUCUUGGUUGUUGGUGGUGGAGCUUUAGGGAUACAAUUCGCAACAGACCUCAAAGAUCUAUAUCCUCAAAAACGUAUAACCCUCCUUCAUUCUCGUACCCGUCUCUUACCUCUUUACCCGCUCCGAACUCAUUUAGCCAUAAUCGACGCUUUGAAAAGACUUGGUGUGGAAGUCGUGCUCGGUGAAAGGGUCAUGACGUGGCCUGAGGAUCCAGAAAAAUUGGAAGGGAAAAAGAAAAGGGUGAUGACGGAUAAAGGGAGAGUUUUUGAAGCUGAUAUAGUGCUCGCAUGCACAGGUACUCAUCCUCAUGUAUCUUUCCUCGCUGCAUUAUCACCUUCUUCCAUCUCUCCCCUCAACUCUCGGAUCCGAGUUUAUCCAACUCUUCAAGUAGCUAAAGGACCAAUUCGACUUUCUUCCGAAUCAACAACUCCCAACACCUCUUCAUCUGCAAUUGACGAUGCCAUCCAAGAAGGAAUCCACAGUACGGACCAAACUGAACUUGGUGGAAGGAAUGAUAAACAUAUCGAUGCCACAACUCAACAUCACUCAAACACUCCCGACCUAUCACAUAUAUUCGCCAUUGGUGAUUGUGCAGACACGGGUGCUAUCCAAGCUGGUCAUACUGCAUAUUGGCAAGCCGAUGUGGCGGUCCGAAACAUUUUACGUCUCAUACAAGCUGAAGAGAAAAUUGAGGAUAUUGAUUCGGUAGAAUUAGAAAAGUACGUUUCGGGACCAAGAGGGAUUAAAGUUUCUUUAGGUAUGAAAGAAGUUGUGAUUGCUAUUGGGGAAGAAGUGACGGUAUCGAAUGACGGAGCUGAAGAUUUGAAAGCUUUGAGCAUGUGGCCAUUGUUCGGUGCAGAAGGAUUAGAUGUUGAUUCUUGAUCAUAUAUUACAUACAAGCAAAUUAUCUAAAAUGAAAAUUCUAUCAUAGCAAAAUGUGCAUAAAGAUGAAUUAU